AUGAGAAAACGUAGAGAGAGAGAGAGAGAGAGAGUGACUGGAAGAGAAACGGGAGGGCGAGAGAGAGGGAAGGCGGAGUGAGAAGGAAGCGGUGUGCUGUGUUGGCUGACCCCUGGCCGUCCGGCCGAGGCUCUGAGUGUUUUCAUAGCUCUGUAUCUCCUGGACACGCUGACAGACAGACACAGUCAGACGGAUGGACAGGGAGAGAGGGAGAGGGCCGUAGAGUUAGCCAAGGCAAUAUCCUGACAUGGUCUUAUUAAUCUCUCCAUCUCUCCUCCGCUACCACGGCUUACUAUAGAUAUUUGGUUAUUCAGCCUCACCCCUUUAUCCAACACUAAUAAAUACACAGCCACUAACGUUGUCUAGAGGCCUCCUCCCCCCUCCCCCCGUUCUACCCAGAAACAUCCUUCACACGGUGUCGGCUAAACAAAGACCUCAACAUCUCGCCACGUCCAGGGAGUAAUUUACGAGCUGCUGACAGUUUGAAGGGAAGAGGAGGAGGGAGAGUUGAGGCCCGCAACAGGUCAUUCAACACCUGUUAGUGUGUCAGGCUGAGGCUGCCAGGCCAAGGAGAGUUCAAGUACUGGACUGUAUGCCAUCACACUGGAUUCAACAGAACAGCUUUGGGUAGAUAGUAUGGAAAAUCUUUGAGAAAUUGAUCAGAAUCAUAUUUUCUGGUUAUUUUGAAGUGAAUUUUGGAAUAUUAUAUCAUUUAAUUAUAGAGAAUUUUCAUGUUCCAAAAUCUUGGUGUGUGUGUCUGUACGGGUGGUUGUUUGUGUUCAAGCGGUCUGGCGUGAGUGUGUGUAUGUAUUAGUGAGGUCUCCCUGGUUAGAUCAGAGGUUAACCUCUCCUGUGGGACUGUGUCAGACUGUGUUAGUGUGUCAGACUGUGUUAGUGUGUCAGACUGUGUCAGACUGUGGUAGUGUGUCAGACUGUGUCAGACUGUGUUAGUGUGUCAGACUGUGUUAGUGUGUCAGACUGUGUCAGACUGUGUCAGACUGUGUCAGACUGUGUCAGACUGUGUUAGUGUGUCAGACUGUGUCAGACUGUGUUAGUGUGUCAGACUGUGUCAGACUGUGUUAGUGUGUCAGACUGUGUUAGUGUGUCAGACUGUUAGUGUCAGACUGUGUUAGUGUGUCAGACUGUGUUAGUGUGUCAGACUGUGUCAGACUGUGUUAGUGUGUCAGACUGUGUCAGACUGUGUUAGUGUGUCAGACUGUGUCAGGCCCUUUCAGGCCCUUCAGCCUCCAUCCCCUCCUCACGCUCGCACUCUCUCAGGGUUCAGCUGUUAAUGCCAGGCCGGGGGUUUUACUGUCCACCUUAGUUAUAGGGCUGGACAAUAAUACCAGGCCGCUCCGCUACUGUUCUCUGAUCACUAGCAUAUGCAGCCCUAUCACAAUACUGAACCUUUCCUGUGUUCGCUUUCAUCCAAACGAUCCUGACAUGUCUGAAUAAUCCAAUAACUCCCAAUAAAUUCUCUCAAACGGCUAACUCAAAGUGAGACUAGGGGAAGCAGCUGGAAGACUAGCAGCAUUUGAGGCACAUGUUCAAGCAAGUGAUAACCAUUAUGGCAUCCUCAAGUAUUCGCUGAAACUUCUUUCUAUUCAUGUGUGUGUUCGGGCGUGUGCGUGGCGCGUGUAUUAGUGUGUGUGGACACACAUGCACACACACACACACACACACAGUCCUCAGUACAGUCCAUGGUCAGUCUGUAGUGGUUUGAGUGUACAUGGCAUGCUUCAUGAGAAAAGGAAGGAUGUAAUCAACUAGGAGCACAGGCUUUAAAAUACCAUAGACAUCCUCUACAGAGCUGCAGUCCUGAUUUACUGUCAUGGGAAUACACACUCACACGCACGUUAUCCCGUUCAGACUGCAGGAAUCCUGUAUUGAAUGAGGGAGGAAAUAUCCUGUAUUAUGUCUAAUGAUGUCUAAUGAUAAUUUGCUGAAUAGUAGAGACCAAUACAUAAAUCAUUUGUCUAGACAAGGGCACAGUGAAAUUGGAGACAAUUCAGAGCAAAUAUGAUAUUUUUCUUCAAUUUCUUUGCUACCAAUGUACUUCAUUUUAAGUCAUACUCAUCUCUUUAUUUAGCUAAAUAGCAUGACAUGUAAUUGUGUUAAAAGCUUGGCUUGUUCUUUGUUCACAGAUGUGGCAGUGUUUGAACUUUAAUAUCUCAAACCAGAUCGGCCAUCAUUCUCUCAACAUUUGGCAACAAUUCUCUACUCAUUCUUUCUUUAACUACAGCUUUAGUUAAUCUAACAACUCAAACCGCAAGCCUUUAUCUUCUCCAAGAGGAGCACCCUGUGUCUGGGCUCUCUUACCCACUCACCCCCCCCCCCCCCCCCCCCCCCCUCUCUCUUUCCCCUGCAGCAAAGCCAAGCCUCCCCCUCAGAUCUCCCCCAGUAAGUCCAGUGGAGGAGAGUUCUGUGUGGCUGCUGUCUUUGCUGCCUCACGCUCCUGGUACAUGACCAACCCCAACAUGAAGAGAGAGAAAGGUGAGGAGGGGUCGUAAAGGCUUUGUAGCGUUAUGUUCAUCAUUAGAUCCCACUAGUGCAUUAGUAUACUAGCUGUUACCCCCAAAACCACCAUCACACUAAAACAGUUUAAUUUAGUUUUAAUUUGGCAAAAUGUAAAAGUUCAAAAUCUGUAAAUCCAAUUGACCAGGAAACUUGGCUCUGGGUGUUAACCCCUCUUAGCCCCCUGUGUAGACGCAACAUUAAGGUCAGGGAAGUACAAACCCACUCAGUGAGAUGCUGGGCGUAGUAGACAAAACACUUAGCUAAGUCACAACAACAUGCUCCUCUUACUUUGUAACGUUGACCUGUUGACCUCUCCUGUUCCUCAGACCAGUCCAGCCGGUCAGUGGUGGAGUCCCUCUUCAUCCUCAGUUGCUAUGGCACCCUGGUGGAGCAUGUCCUGGAGCCUCGGCCAAUCAGCACAGCCCAGAAGAUCAGCGAUGACACACCCCUGGAGCUCAAUACAUGUCCACGGGCCUGCUGGAGCCUGGCCAGGUAA